UCAAAUGCUUUGCCAUUUAAAUGGCUGCGCAGUGUCAGAUUAGGGACAGUGUGUUCGGUUUGGGCAAGGAAGCUGCUGGGGGGACCGGAGAGGCCUGAAGAUGAUCAAAGAGGAGGAGGAGGAGGACGGUGAGAGACGGCAGGGAGAGGAGCAGCUCCGGAGCCGGUAUGAAGAGCUCUGUAGCAGCCUUAACAUGGACGAGAGGGCCCGGGGGGAGGCCUGGGAGAGCUAUGGCAGGAUCAGCCAAAACUACACACUGGAGGGUAAUGCCCUGCAUUGGUUGGCGUGUGCAUUGUAUGUGGCAUGCAGGCAGACUGUACCAACAGUGGGCCAAGGGAUGGUGGAAGGCAAUUAUGUCUCACUGACAAGAAUUCUGACCUCUUCACAGUUAAGUUUAAUAGAGUUUUUUAACAAGAUGAAGAAGUGGGAAGACAUGGCCAGUCUGCCUGAUGAAUUUCGCGAGCGGACUGAGAAGCUGGAACGGAACUUCACCGUCACGGCAGUGCUGUUCCAGAAAUACGCUCCAAUAUUUCAGAAGAUUUUCAAAAACCCACAGGAAGAACAACCGCGGCAGCACAGAGGACGGAAGCAAAGGCGCCAGCCGUGUACAGUGUCUGAGGUCUUUCAGUUCUGCUGGGUGCUGUUUAUCUAUACUAAAGGAAACUUUCCAAUGAUUAGUGAUGAUUUGGUAAAUUCAUAUCACCUUUUGCUCUGUGCCUUGGAUCUUGUUUACGGUAACGCCCUGCAGUGCUCCAACCGGCGGGAGCUGCUGAACACCAACUUUACAGGUUUACCUGAAGAUUUCCCAAGUAAAGACUACAAACCUCCUUCCGAACCUCCUUGCAUCAUUGAAACCCUCUGUAGCCUCCACAAUGGUUUACUUCUAGAGGCCAAAGGCAUUAAGGAACAUUUCUGGAAGCCUUAUAUCCACAAACUGUUCAAGAAAAAGAUCUUGAAGGGAAAAUCAGAAUCUCUAACUGGAUUCCUGGACCCAGGAAACUUUACAGACUCUGUGAAAGCUAUUAACAAGGUAUAUGAAGCAUACGUGCUGUCGGCGGGAAACUUGGAUGAGCGAAUCUUUCUAGAGGAUGCAGAGGAGGAGAUUGGAAGUAUAGGCCGCUGUUUGAAUACUGUGUCCGGAACCGAGUCUGUGGAGAGGGCACACUUGACACAUAAUCUACAGCAACACUUUGACAUGAUGAAAUCGCUUCGAAUUUCCACUCCACUUACUGGCCUGAAAUAUGUGAGUGAUAACAGCCCAUACACCACCCCAGUGUCCAGUGCCACGUACAGUGUCAGUCGUCUGUUUUCUCUUAUAUCUGGACUGAAACCAGCUCCUGCCGAGAAACUGCUCCAGAUCCUGAGAUCUUGUUCCCGGGACCCUAGUCAUGCAAUUUCCGAAAGGCUCAGAGAAAUGUUUGAUACUUUCUGUGGGCACACUGUGUCCGAAGGAGGAGAAAAUCAGUAUUGCAAAGAUAUCGCAAAAAAAUAUUUCCGACUCGCAGAGGUGCUGUAUUACAAGGUGUUAGAAUCUAUUAUUUGCCAAGAAAAGAAACGUCUGGGUGAUACGGACCUGUCUAACAUUCUGGAACAGGAUGUCUUUCACAGAUCCCUGUUGGCGUGCUGCCUUGAGAUCACCAUGUUUGCCUACAAGCCCCCUGGCAACUUCCCUCAAAUACUUAUGAUGUUUGACCUUGCACCAUAUCAUUUUUAUAAGGUGAUUGAAGUGUUUAUUAAGGCGGAGGAUGGUCUGUGUCGGGAUAUGGUGAAGCAUCUUAACCACAUUGAAGAGCAGAUAUUGGAUAGCAUGGCGUGGACACAUGAUUCCCCGUUAUGGGAAAAGAUAAGAGAGAAUUGUGAAAAGCUCCCACUCUGUGAAGAGGUUAUGCAUCCUCAACACUUUGAGAGAUCCUGUUGUAACAGUGCAACAAGCUCCCCCACUCCUCUCACCCCCAGAAGAGUGAACGAGAUUCGUGCAGAUGCAGCAGGCCUUGCAAGAAGUAUUCCUUCAUCCCCGGCUAAUGUUAGUGAGCGCUACAACUCCCCUGCUCCGGGAACAGCACGUAGACGCCUCUUCAUGGAAACAGAUAGCCCGACGGAUACCGCCAGUACACCCCAAAACUCUCCACACACCCCUGCUGCAACCGAGUCUGUUACUACAACACCGGUUCCUGGCCAGACACUGGUUACCAUGGCAACAGCCACUGUAACAGCCAAUAAUGGCCAAACAGUCACCAUACCUGUGCAAGUCUCCUACCUCCAUGCAGGUAUUGCCAAUGAGAAUGGAGGCAUCACAUUCUUUCCAAUGCAAGUGAAAGUCAGUGGACAGCCUCACAAUGUACCGAGUACAUUACAGCCCCUCACCGCACAGACUCUUGCAGGCCCCUUGACCUCUCAGCAGAUUCAGGUCACAGGGCAAGUCACAGCUCCACAGGUCCCGGCUUCUCCAAACCAGAGGAACGUGACCAGUUCGAAACUGAAGAAGACCAGCUCAUUCUCCCUGUUUUGCAGACGGGUUUACCAUUUAGCCAGUGUUCGCCUUAGAGAUCUGUGCCAGAAGCUCGAUGUUUCUGUCGAACUCAGGAACAAAAUCUGGACUUGUUUUGAGUAUUCCAUUGUCCAUUUCCCAGACAUGAUGAAAGAUCGUCAUUUAGACCAGCUCCUGAUGUGUGCUGUGUAUAUCAUGGCCAAGGUUACAAAGGAGGAUGCUUCUUUCCAAAAUAUUAUGAAAUGCUAUCGUACCCAGCCUCAUGCAAGGAGUGAUGUCUACAGAAGUGUCCUCUUAGAAAGACGUAGAAGAAGGCAAUCUGGGAGCAGCGACGUCAAUCUGCAAACAAACUCCCCAGCAGAACACAGCAAAGAUCUUGACAGCCGCGAGGCAAGCCCAGUAAUGAGAUCUAGCAGUACUUUACCAGCUGCUCAGCCCAACAGUGCUCCCCCAACACCUACACGUGUUCCGGCAGUGAGCAGUGAUAUGGAGGGAGAGCAGAGAGGGGAUCUCGUUCAGUUCUACAAUAAUAUAUACCAUGACAAAAUGAAAACCUUUGCAUUGAAAUAUUCAAAAAAAUCUUCGGGGGAAGCUACGCCACUCUCUCCAUAUCCUUCAAUGAGAGUCCUUUCGCCACGCCGUGUUCAGUUGUCCCACGGUUAUCCUAUAUUCAUCUCCUCCCAUGGGGAUGACACCAACACAGCUUCUCCUCGGGAAAAGAUCUGCUACUACUUUAACCUCAGCCCGGCAAAGAAGCUACAAGACAUUAACAGCAUGGUGCGAACAGGAGAGACUCCCACCAAAAAAAGAGGAAUUGUCCUGGAAGAAGGAAGCGAAUCACCGGCCAAGCGCAUCUGUCAGGAGAACCACACCGCGCUUUUGAAAAGACUGAGGGAUGUAGCCAAUGACAGAGGGAACCUUUAAAUCCCUAGAAUACCAGUGUUUUUAUAAUCUAUUAAUGUAAAUUAAUUAUGUUACGUAUGUGAUAGGGUUCCUUCUGCAACAUGGAAAACCAAUUCAAGGUAUUGAUCAGGAAUAGUUGAGUGAAUGUACUUCUAGAAUGGAGUGCUUUCUCUGUUAACAUACAAGUAAUUGUUAAUGCCUGGAGUGGCUACUGAGAAGGAAUCAAGGAGACCGAUAGCGAUAUUCACAGACUGUAGGGUUUGGCUUCCCUGUAGCAGGGUCAGGCUAAGGUGGAGUACAAAUCUCCACUGCUACAACUUGUUGGACUGAGCAGAUCUACUGCUAGAAUUGGUUGUCAGGACUGACCGAACGAAUCCACAAUUCCACUGCUACAAAUUAUUGAGUCAAAUGUAUACAGAAAAGUCCACCAUGUUUCGAGUAAACACCUCACAUAUCAAAUUAUGAUUUCAAAAAGUCUGUGUAAAAGGCAAGUUUUCUGUCCUCUAAAUAUAUGAUACACACAUAUAGUAAGACCAUGACCGUCAAAAAACAUUUUGUUUUGUUUUGUUUUAUUUUUGUACGAUUCAAGUAUGCAGUCAAUGUUAAUCAGUUAAGUGGAUGUUUGUGAGACAAUUAAAGCCAGUACAUGGUUUCAUUUUAAAUAUACAAAUAAGGAUUAAACUGCUCACAAACUGACUGUAACGUUAUCAGCGAUGAUGAGUUUCCAGAUUAUAGUUUUAUAGUUCAAAAACUCUUACACAGCAAGUUUGUUAGUACCGGACGUGGUAUGAGAUAAAGUUACUAUUGUUAGUGCUUUAAGAGAUGCUACCUCUUAAAAGCCUGCUAACUGUAAAUUAUUUUGUUUGUAGUGUUACAGAACUACUAUUGUACACAUGGACUUAGACAUUUUAAAUCCAUCUU